UCUUCUCUCUUCGGGUGUAGAAAAAAGCAAAAAAAAAAAAAUAUGAAAUUUAUCCUUACGAGGGGCGAAGAUCACAAACGGCCAUGUUUUUCCACAUUGUUCUCCCGCCUGAAAGAGAGAGAAAACAAAUGAAAUGAGUGGCUGAAUAAAGGAAGAUCGGAUCGUCCAGGUAACCAACAAACAAAACAAGCAAAUUCAUCACUUCGUGACCACCUUUCAUCCGCGCACCGUCAAAAUUUCAAGUGACCCCGGAAACAGACUCCGAAGCGUGUUAAUGUCGUCGUUUCUCGUUAGAUUGGGCCUGGUCCAACAUCAGGGGAUCGACGACAUUAAAAUUCGUGGACAUGGAAUGGAUAUAUUGGCAUAAUUCCCUAUAAUUACACUCCGCAAUAGAAGAAAGUAAACAAUUUUUUUCCCAUUUCAAUAAAUUCAUUCGUGCUCGCGAUAAUUUAAUAGAGAAUAAGAAUUUUAUAUCAAUCUUUUUCCUGAAAACACCGAUCGAAUAAUAUCGUAAUAAUAAAAUUAAUCCAUCUCUUUUCUUUCUUUUUUUUUUUUUUUUUUUUACUCUUCCAACAGCUAGAAAUCCGAUAUUCGAUAAUUGACUGUAAAAUUGAUUUAACUCAAUUUCUUGUUUGGCGCAAAAAGAAUACUCCAGAGAUAUGUCGUGUUAUCGCUCUUGCUGUUCCCCAUGCUGCUCUCCACCAUCCUGUCCUCCGCCAUCCUGUCCUCCAUCCUGUCCUCCGCCACCCUGUCCUCCACCACCCUGUCCUCCACCCACUAUCGUAUGCAGACCAGCCUGCCCCCCUCGUUGCCCCCCUCAACCAACUAAAACAACAUGUCGCAUUCCUGUUAACACCAAGGGGCAAGGAGUUCAAUUGGUUUCUUUCGAAAGGAAUCGAGGACCAGACUCGUGUAAUCUAACGAGAAUCAUCGACAGAAGCGUGAUACUGAUCGAAUUUUUAUUACAGGAAAAAAAAAAAGGGAAAUAUAUCCGAGAUUUAUCGAAGAAAAAUCUCUCGCUAGAUAAGACAAUGAAGAUAAUUCGUAUGGAAGAAACUCUUGAUCAACGAGAAACUCUCAUCAUUAUAAACGUCCAUCUGACUAUGUCGAAUAUGUUGCGGCGAAAGAAGCACGAUGAUUCCAAUUUCGUUCAUUGAACUUUUUAACUCAAAUCGCUUUCCAAUUAGAGAAACCUGAUUUUACCCUGAAAUCGUCAUAGAGAAGAGAAUUAAAAAGAAAAAAAAAAAAUCGCAUCGAAUAAUCCAAAGAAUUAAUCGAUUAAACGCAACCAACCGCGGUCUUAUUAUCGAAAAAAAAAACGACGGCUUUUGUUCGAAAACGACGCGAAAUCAAAAAUGGAGAAAUCAUAGACGAGGAAUUUUAUUGAAAGAAAGUCAUCGCUAUUUUUUCAAUUUCAGAUAAUUUUAAUCGAAUGCCCCGCUAUUUCCACGCGAGUUCCACGUUUACGUUGCAUCGGCAUGUAUUUUUCCUCCCUAGAUAAGUGCAACGGUGAUGCAACGUGAAAGAACUACGUGGAAAAGAAUCGAUGCUUAUCGAUAAAUAUAUUAUCGAUCUAUAUAUAUAUAUAUAUAUCCCAUCAUAUCAUCAUUCUUAAGUGGACGAACGUGAGUACGAUGUACUUCAGUAUUUGAUCACGUUGAUCGCAAUAGAAAACAGGUACCAUUCAUUUUUUACUGUGAUUUUUUUUUUUUAUGAAUCAAGUCACGUUGUCAAGGUUUUGGUACGGUUGCGACAACGGAAUGACUGAUUUUGUCGUAUCACGUUCGAGGUGAAAAUUUUGAAGUUAUUCUCAGAGUUUAUCAACCUCAAAUAAAACGGAAAAAAAUAUACUAUCACGUAUUCUGUGUGCUUCUUUUUGUACAUGAUACGUAAUAAAAAUAGCAAAAGUA